AUGGACAACCAAGCGAACGUACCCCAGGAGCUGUUUGCCCAGGUGCCAUUCCUGGGUCAACUUAUCUAUGUUCUGACAACAGACCAGCAUCUGCACAACAGAGGAACUCGGCAACUGUUGAAGCUGGUGUUUGUGUGUAUGGUGGUAGGAUCGGUACUAGGAUACUAUAUCUUUGAAAGCAAGUCCACGGGAGCAGCAGUUGGAUGUUUUCUAGCUUUACUGUGUGGAGAUAAAACAAGUAAGGAAGUUUUCUCUCUUGUUGAUGGUCUACAAGAUCUACCAGUGGAGCAGCAAUUAUCUGUUGGGGAAGGAGUUGAGGACCUUGUGGGGUCAGACUCAGUGGUGACCUUGAGAAACUAUGUCACAGUACCCAACCAGUAUUCAAAAUUGGUCAAUUUUCUGAGGGGCAGAUUUCAACAGCGUCCCAGAGAAUUUUCCAGUUUGUGGAUUGCCUUUGCUGUAUUUGUUAUUUGUCUUUUGUUCUAG